CUUUCUUCUUUAUCCAACCCACUCCUCUUCCUAUUUAAUCCCCAAAAUCACCUCGCGUCCAAUUUCCUCCUCCUUCUCCCCAGUUCCUUUCUCCACACUUCAGAGGAAAAAAAAACCAAACCCCAUCCAAUCCAUCGACGCCAAUGGCUCGCUCCUUAUCCUCUUCCCGCACUUACCUCGCUGCUGCUGCAGCUGCAACUUCCAGAUCUUCUUCCUCCGCAGCUUCGUCUCCUUCAUCCGCCUCCUUCCGCUGCCUCGCCCUCCGCUCCAACUCCAACCUCCCCAACAACAACGCCGAGCCCGCGGUCGCCGAUGAAUCCACCGAUCCUCUCCUCCGAAAGCUCGAGGACGCCAUCCACCGCAUCAUCGUCCGCCGCGCCGCACCCGAUUGGCUCCCUUUCCUUCCGGGGACUUCCUACUGGGUCCCUCCACAUAGAUCUGACGCCGGCUGCUUGGGGAUUGCCCAGCUCGUCGAGAAGCUUGCGAAUCCCUUGACCGACGAGGAAUCUCGCUCCGUUACCUCCGUCCGCGGAUGGCCUUCCUCGGAUUAUUUCAUCAAAGGUGCCAGCUUCGGACAGUUGCCUGUAUAUAACACAGCAGAUGAAUUGGAGAAGGAUUCAACUUCAGAUGAAGUUAAGACCGAGGAACCGUCCAGUCAUGCCCCUGAAUCUGAGACGGAGGAAGGAUAAUUUCUAUGAUGGGGUUUCGCAUCUCGGUAAGCAAAAUAUUCUUCAUUAGAUCCAUCUCCCUCCCUCUCUCUCUCUAGCCCAUGCACACACACACAAACACACUCCAAGAACAGAGUCACACAUACAAACAAACGCUACAAAUACAAUGGGACGCCAUAUUCGUCUUGUCUGGGGUUUAGCUUUCUCUCUUCAGGUGUGGAUUUCAUAUUUGUGCUUAUGCAUAGAUUUAUCUUAAUCUACAUUUGAAAUGAAGUAUCUAUUAGGUCCUCUGCACAAUCUAGAAGGAAUAAGAGCUUCAGUGUUCAUGGGUGUAUAAAAAGGCGAGUGCUUUUGUUACUCUGAGGGCGUGGUAGAUUGUAUAGAUAUCAUCUAAGCGUGUAAAGGGACAAUUUAGCACUAAUCUUAGCCUCUUAGGUGAAGCAGGGGCCGCAGGGUGACCAAGGGCUUCUCUGACUAUUUAUUGCAUGCUGCUGUUUUGACAGAGGCUCGUCCGGAUUCGGAACUUGAAUGUAAAUCAGACAAUGGAAAGAAGCUGGAAGAAGCUUUGUAAGGUAACAAGGGUGAUAAAGAAUGAAGAACCAAUUGGAGGAGGAGCUGUACAGAUGCAAACCCUGUGGAGGUUUAAAUAAUUUGAUCUUCCAGUUGGUAGCUGUGUAUUAGUUGGGAAUGAUAGCCCGCAGUUCCACUGUAUCUAGCAAGCUGAAGAAGAUCCAUCCAUUUUUAUGGUUUUUUUCCCGUUAUAAUGGCUUGAAACCUCCUGUAUCUUUGCAUGUACAUAUGUUUUCCCAAGAAGAUAAUGGUACUGUUGUCUUGUUUCCCUCUUAU